GUCAUCAAACCGCGACACAGCGCAAAACAAGCGCCACAUUUUUUGGUUGCGCCGAAUAAAUUCCCUAUAUUCGUUUCAACAUCUCGGAUUCAAUAUUGGGACACGAGAUUAACGAAGUCAGGGUGUCGAUCGGGAAUUACGGUAAUGCACCAUGAGUUUAUUUGGCACAAAUUCCGGUUUUGGAACAACGGGAACUGGCGUUUUUGGAAACCCAACAACCGACACGCACAAUCCCAUGAAGGAUGUUGAAGUGACUUCCCCGCCUGAUGACAGCAUCAGCUGUCUGGCUUUCAGCCCUCCCACCAUGCCUGGGAAUUUUCUCAUUGGAGGAUCUUGGGCUAAUGAUGUCCGGUGCUGGGAGGUACAGGACAAUGGACAAACUGUCCCCAAAGCUCAGCAGAUGCAUACAGGUCCUGUGCUUGAUACAUGCUGGAGUGAUGAUGGGAGUAAAGUGUUCACUGCUUCCUGUGACAAGACCGCUAAGAUGUGGGAUCUCAACAGUAAUCAAGCAAUGCAGAUUGCACAGCACGACGGCCCAAUCAAGUCGAUUCACUGGAUCAAAGCGCCUAACUACAGUUGUGUCAUGACCGGGAGUUGGGACAAAACGUUGAAGUUUUGGGACACUCGCUCUCCCAAUCCGAUGAUGUCUCUUCAGAUGCCCGAAAGAUGUUACUGCGCAGAUGUUGUGUAUCCCAUGGCUGUGGUGGCCACAGCUGAGCGGGGCCUGAUUGUGUACCAGUUGGAGAACCAGCCCUCUGAGUUUCGCAGACUUGAAUCUCCCCUAAAACAUCAGCAUCGCUGCGUGGCAAUUUUCAAGGACAAGCAGAAUAAGCCAACUGGCUUUGCGCUGGGAAGCAUUGAGGGACGUGUUGCCAUCCACUAUAUAAACCCUCCGAACCCAGUCAAAGACAACUUCACCUUCAAGUGCCACAGGUCGAAUGGAACCAACACAGCCACCCCGCAAGACAUUUAUGCUGUCAACGCCAUUUCCUUCCAUCCUGUUCAUGGAACUUUGGCGACCGUCGGCUCAGAUGGCCGUUUCAGUUUUUGGGACAAAGACGCCCGCACCAAGUUGAAGACAUCGGAGCAACUUGACCAGCCCAUCACAGCCUGCUGCUUCAACAACAACGGCAACAUCUUUGCAUAUGCUUCCAGCUAUGACUGGUCAAAGGGCCACGAGUACUACAACCCCCAGAAGAAGAACUACAUUUUCUUGAGGAACGCCGCAGAGGAGCUGAAGCCUCGGAACAAGAAAUGAUUCGCAUCUGGUGGUGUUGGGAGACGCAGACAACCAGAUGCUUUAGUAUGCGUGUAUGAUCAAGAAAGACUCCUUCCUUUUGACACACCUGGACCAGCUGCUCUGAUGCUGCUUCCUGUCCAUGGACCAACCAGAGAGGCCUACAAAAAUGGUUGUAUAUGUUUAUAUACAUAUGGAGGGUUUGCCAUUCAUUUACAUCUGCUUAUGGUUUUCUUCUUUGUCCUUUUUUUAAACACUUUUUUUAUUUGUUGUUUUUCUGUAGUUUAUCUCUGAAUGGAAUUCUGAUGUAAAAUAAACAAGUGAAGAUA